AUGAGAUUUAUAAAAAUUUCGGAUGCUAUGACAAUUAUAAGGAUAGCAGAACACCUGCGUGAUCACAAUGACUACAUUUACAUAGACUAUGAUGUCAAUGAUGAAAUAGUAGUGGUGAUGAGGGAUUCUCUGUCCGAAACUCAAUUUACUGAGACGGAAGGAGCCAUCAAUGAUAUUCUGUCGGAGAUGGUCUACCCUAACGUUGGAGUGUGCUCUGAAUACUCGUGGAUGGGUUCGAUUGACCUUGAAGCAGAUCUAAAUGCUGAGAUUGAGAGAGUGACUGAGAAUACCAUCAGGAUGAGAGUUAACGACAUCUUAGCUGACUCAACUCCAUCUAAUACGAUAUUAGUUGGGGCAAGUGACAGACAGACAUUACCGUUGCCAUUUAAGUAUCAUACACCUAAGAGUGAUGUAUUACAUCUACUCGAAGAAGAGCUUAGAUUUCUAUAG